GUUCCUUCUCCACUCGCUGCUCCCAGUUUUCACCCCAGAGCCGCGAUGUCCGAGCUGUGGCUGGUGCCUUUCAGCCAGAAGCUGCUGCUCUGGAGCGCGCUGAGCGCCGUCUCCCUGGCCGGCGCCACUCUCAUCCUGAAACUUCUGCAGAUGCUGGCGAAAUAUAUUCAGAAUUGGCUGCAGCUGAGGGAUGUCCCGACGGUCAUUGGUGCUUUACCUUUACUGGGACACUCGCUGUUCAUGAAGUCUGACCCAAGCGAGUUUUUUCAUCAGCUCUUAUAUUAUGGUGAAAUGUACCGGUGCAAGCCAUUGAUAAAAUUCUGGCUUGGCUCAGUGCCAAUGGUGGCCAUUUAUAAAGCUGAAAAUGUGGAAACAAUUUUAACUAGUUCAAAGCAAAUUGACAAGUCAAAUAUGUACAACUUCCUGAAACCAUGGCUUGGCCUCGGACUUCUUACAAGCACUGGAAACAAAUGGCGCACUAGGAGAAAAAUGCUCACACCUACUUUCCAUUUUACAAUUCUGGAAGACUUCUUAGAUAUCAUGAAUGAGCAAGCUAAUAUAUUGGUUAGCAAGCUUGAAAAACAUGCUAACCAGGAAGCAUUUAACUGCUUUUUUUACAUCGCUCUCUGUGCCUUAGAUAUCAUCUGCGAAACUGCCAUGGGAAAGAACAUUGGUGCUCAGAGUAAUGAUGAUUCCGAGUAUGUCCGUGCAGUUUAUAGGAUGAGUGACUUAAUACUGCAAAGAGUCAGGAAGCCCUGGCUCUGGGUUGACUUUAUAUUCCAGAUGUUCAAAAAAGGAAGGGAACACAAACAGAGCCUAGAGAUCCUACAUACUUUUGCCAACAAUGUCAUCACUGAACGGGCAAAUGAAAUGAAGAUAAAUGAAGAAUUUGGAAGUGACAAUGGGGACUCCACCCCCUCCCGAAGAAAACGCCAGGCUUUUCUUGACUUACUUUUAAAUGUAACUGAUGAUGAAGGAAACAAGCUAAGUCAUGAAGACAUUCGAGAGGAAGUUGGCACCUUCAUGUUUGAGGGCCAUGAUACAACUGCUGCUGCAUUAAACUGGUCUUUGUAUCUGUUGGGUUCUUAUCCAGAAGUCCAGAAAAAAGUGGACAAGGAGCUGGAGGAAGUGUUUGGAAAAUCUGAUCGUCCUGUCACCUUAGAGGACUUGAAGAAACUGAAAUAUCUAGAAUGUGUUGUUAAAGAGACCCUUCGCCUUUUUCCUUCUGUUCCUUUCUUUGCCCGCCAUCUUAGUGAAGAUUGUGAAAUUGCGGGUUUUAAAAUUGUGAAAGGGUCUGAAGUUGUCAUUUUCAUCUAUGCUCUGCAUCGAGAUCCAAAGUACUUCCCAGACCCUGAGGAAUUCAAGCCAGAAAGGUUCUUUCCUGAGAAUUCACAAGGACGCCAUCCGUAUGCCUAUGUGCCUUUCUCUGCUGGACCCAGAAACUGUAUAGGUCAAAGGUUUGCCAUAAUGGAAGAAAAGACCAUCCUUGCAUGCAUUUUGAGGAAGUUUUGGGUAGAAUCCAACCAGAAAAGAGAAGAACUUGGUCUGGCAGGAGAUCUGAUUCUUCGUCCAACUAAUGGCAUCUGGAUCAAGUUGAAAAGGAGAAACACAGAUGAGUCCUAACUAUACCAUUGGGCUAUGCUCUUAACAUGGAAGGGAGAUUUCUUAAGAGAAACUUUGCAGUUAAAAUUUGUCGUUAAUUUAGUACUAUUAAUUCCUAGAAGGUCUAGUUUUCCAUCUUCUAGUCAAUCAAACAGAAUGUUCUUACAUAUCAUCACUGCCAUAGGUAUAUAUCCCCACUCUUGAUUCCCAAAGUCUAGGUAACUGAUGUUGGUACCCAAAAAUCACUUCCUAAGUUUUUCAUGAAAAAUAUCCAGGGGGUUGGGCAGUGUGACACCUUGUUAAGUACACAUAGCACCAUGCAUAAAGACCCAGGUUCAAGGCCUAGGUCCCUACCCGCAGGGGAAAUGCUUCUUGAGCGGUGAAGUAGGUCUGCAGUUAUCUUUCUCUCCCUCUCUCUGUCUCCCCUACCCUCUCAAUUUCUCUGUCCUUUCAAAUAAAAAUAGAAAGAAAGAAAAUGGAAAUUUUGGCUGUUGGAAGCAGUGGAUUCACAGUGUAGGCACUGAGCCUCAGCGAUAAUUCUGGUAGAAAAAAAAAAAAGAGGGAGGGAGGCAGAGUGAGAGAGAGAGAAGGAGGGAGGGAGGGAGGGAGGGAAGAAGGAAGGAAGGAAGGAAGGAAGGAAGGAAGGAAGGAAGGAAGGAAGGAAGGAAGGAAGGGGAAAGAAAAGAAAGGUAUCCACAGAAAAAUCCUAUUUCAAUCUCUAGAGCCCAAGAAUGUGAUCUAAUUGAAGUGCCUGAAAUUUUUUAAGUAUUCUUUACUGAAUUGCAUGCUUUAUUUGUAAAAUAUACAAGAAGUUAGACUUAAGGAUCUUGAGUUUUUUACUUAUGGCAGUGGCAUCAAUUAUGCAAAAGAUUAUUAUGGUAAUUUUCAUAUUUUAUGUCCUAGCGUAGGUCAUUUAAGAUGGCUCAUAGAUGCUGUUCCUAUUUCACUUUGUACUAUGUCCUUAAAGUUGUUUCAUUCUUCAAAGCAUCACAAUUGCCAUAAUAUGUUCUAUGUUAGUGGAAGAGAGUUCUCUCAGAAAUCACUAACCCCUCUUAGCCUUAUGGAGCUUUUGAAGCUAUAAGGACUUUAGAGGUAUUUUAGUUAUAUUUACAAUUAUAGAAGUAAGGGAAUGAGAAGGUAAAUUUCUGUUAGAAGACAUGGUAUUAGUGGUUGAUAGAGCUGGAAACAGAUAUCCUCAAAAUCUCUCCACUCUCAAGCUGACACAUAUUACAUAAUGCAAAAUACUAUUGCUUUUUGGGUCUCAUGUCUAUAAUUAUUUGUGUCAUUAGAAAAUAAAUCUUCUACUUCUGAUUUUUGCACAUUUCUUCUAGAAUUAUUCUAUCUUUAAAGGGAAGUCAUUCACCUAUGUUUAUAACCCAGUUAUAGCUCACAUGUUAGGUUUAAGAUUUCUAGUAAAUCAAUCCUCCAGAAUAAUCCUAUCACAAAUUCCCUGACAUACUUUUCCUGCAUUUUAAAUCCAGACACACUAUCUCUAUUCCAAUACUUGGUGUUUUUUAAAUUUGUUUUUAUUAAUUUUUAAAUGAAAUUGCUUCUUCAGUGUUCCAAGGCAAUAACAAAUACAGGCAAUACAUUAAACGGAUGGAAUGCGUAUUCCCCAAUGGAAAUCAAAGGAAGUCUAAAGCCAUUUGGCAAGUACUAUGACCUGGGUCAUUAGAGUAGGAUCAGCUAGCUAGCUCAAUCUUUACCAAUCCAAAGUGCCUCAGUAUAUAGGUAAACCAAGCCCUAAGUUGAUGAGCCAUGACAUAUAUAUGAUACAAGUGAAAAUUUUUCAUUAUUUGUUUAACUUAGUUCUCUAGAAAAUGAAUAUACAGGGCGCCAGGUGGUGGUGCACCUGGUUGAGUACACGUUACAACACUCAAGGAUUCAGGUUCAAGCCCGCACGCAGUUCCCACUUGCUGAGGAAAGAUUCACAAGUGGUGAAGCAGGGCUGCAAGUGUCUCUCUAUCUCUCUCCCUCUCUGUAACCCCCUUCCUCUCUAUUUCUGGCUGUCCUUAUCAAAUACAGAUAAUUUUAGAAAGAAAAGAGAAAAUGAAUAUAUAGAGAAAAUCUCCUUCCUGGAUGUUUUUUGAAUAAUUAAAAUGUAUCCACAGGAUCCUGUAUUAUUUCACAUUUUUAUGUAUGUACACUUAACCCUUGCCUUUUUUAUUUUGUUUUUAAUUUUAGUGAUCAUUCACUAGAUGUGAAAUCAGAUUUAAUGUAAAACAUUGCUUAAGCUCUCUUGGCCUUAGCAAAAUCUUCCUGGAAUCCUCUGCUCCAUGAAAGUGGAGGAAAAAGCAAAUGUGCAGGCUGAAGCACAAAGGAAGAAAGAUGAGGCAGAGUUCCAAGGAGUCUUGUGCACCCAUGGGAACCACAAGAGCAGAAAUAGGAAUGCCAGAGGCCACAGGCAAACACUGGUACGAACUGGGCUUUGGUGUUGCCACCUAGAACUUCUUUCAAUGGAUCCAGAACCUCCAUCACCACCUGAUCCAUGAUUCCUUCUAUGAGAGACCUUUCUUGCUCAUACCAAAACACUAGCCCUUUUGCUCCUUUGCCCAACAUUUAACGGUCUGGACUAGUUCUGUUCUCAUUGUAGCUGGAUGUAUUCCAUGUACAAAAAUGUACAAUCUUAGCUGAAGGGUGGAGAAACAUUGCUUGAUGUCACUUUUGGUCUAAGAUCUUCAUUUUGUCCCCAAAUUUUGUUGUUUAUAUUUUAAUUAAAAAAAAAGCCUAAACCAUGUUAUUACUGAAAUUGAGAUAUGUUGUUGUCUGUGGUUUUGAAAUAUGGAUGCUGAUUUUUAUUUAAAUAAAAGGAUAACCAUGGGAACUCA